AUGUUCAUCGAAGGCGAGUGUUUGUGCUGUUAUUACGACACGGAAAACAUACCGACGAUCGGUAUUGGCUUCAACCUGCAACGUGCUGAUGCCGCUCAAGUUAUGGCCAAGUACAAUUUAACGCUGUCAAACGUAUUAAAAGAUUGUCAAGAUAAAACGACCACCCACUGCCUGACCGACGCGGAUGGUAAAGAUCUUUUCGACACCAUGACGUACCCGGAAUUUGAAGCGUGCGUCGAUCGAUACGCCCCCGGUUUACCGCCUGUAAAACGAGCGGCUAUUAUUGACGUGGCACUCGCUGGUUGUCCUAAACUAAAGAAGUAUGUCAAUAUGCUAGAUGCAUUAAAUAAGCAAAAUUGGAAAACAGCAGCUGACGAGUUACGAAACUCCCUUUGGUGUAAGAAAGUUGGUAAAAAUCGGUGCGAUUCGGAUUACAAUUGUAUUGCCGGUCAGUUUGUUAAAAAUUAG